AUAUAGGGAGAAAGAAAACCUACGGUAACGCAUACCGAACCGGUGAUCCACAUCAGAGCUCAGAGCUCCCGGCCUCCGACGGGCGCUGGUUUCCCUGUCGAUACUUCGGCGCCAAACUAUAAACCCUAGUUUCUGGAUUUCUGUCAUCGGGGACGAGAGGAGGAGCGGCGGACGCCAUGGAGGGCUCGGGGGAGCUCCAGUGCGUGGGGAAGAUGGAGAUCGCGAAGCCCAAGCUCGUCAGCUUCCUCUGCGGCACCCUCCCAGUCCCCACCGACUCCACGUUCUCCCUAUUCCAGUCCUCCUCCGCCCUCGUCCCCUCUCCACACACAAUUUCAUUGGGAAAGCAGUCCUAUUACUCAAAAUUUGUCUCGGAAAUGUGAAGCGCUUGCUGUAUCUGGCCUGACUGAAUAUGGGGAUGAAAUAGAUGUGGUUGCUCCAACUGACAUUUUGAAGCAGAUUUUUAAAAUACCUUACUCCAAGGCCCAAUUAUCCAUUGCUGUUCAUCGCAUUGGGGAUACCCUCAUUCUUAAUACGGGCCCUGAUGUUGAAGAAGGAGAAAAGCUGUACAGAAGGCAGAAUAACCAAUCUAAAGGUUCGGAUCCUUCAAUCUUCUUGAACUUUGCCAUGCACUCAGUGAGAGCAGAAGCUUGUGAUUGCCCUCCUAGUCACCAACCAUCAUCCGAGAAGCAGUCAAGUUCCACUAUCUUACAAGGACAUUUUGGACAUAUGGAGGGUCCUUUUGUAUCUGCUGCAAAUUCCCAUGCUAAGUCUCAAUUUUUUGAUCAAAAUGCCAGUGGCAGGCGGAAGUCUUCGCAAGGGAAUCAAGACAAAUUCUUUUGGAGCACCAAGCAGAACAAACAAAAAGGUAAAAGGCCAGAUCCUAUCAAGAAGACUUCACAAGUUGGUGAAAAGCCUAGAUGCCCGAUGCAAGAGUCAGAUAAGUUCAGGAGAGUGGGAAAUAAUGGUUUUCUGAGGGUUUUGUUUUGGCAAUUUCACAACUUCCGGAUGCUUUUAGGCAGUGACUUGCUUUUAUUCAGCAAUGAGAAAUAUGUUGCAGUGAGCCUGCACCUCUGGGAUGUCUCGAGACAGGUCACUCCAUUGACAUGGCUUGAAGCCUGGCUUGACAAUGUCAUGGCCAGCGUGCCUGAGUUAGCUAUCUGUUACCAUCAAAAUGGUGUUGUUCAAGGUUAUGAGCUUUUGAAAACGGAUGAUAUAUUCCUCCUUAAGGGCAUAUCUGAAGAUGGUACACCUGCAUUUCAUCCUCAAGUUGUCCAACAAAAUGGGCUUUCAGUUUUGAGGUUUCUUCAGGAUAACUGCAAACAAGAUCCUGGUGCAUACUGGUUGUAUAAAGGUGCAGGAGAGGAUGUAAUACAGCUGUUUGAUCUAUCUGUCAUACCUAAAAACCAUUCAACUGAUGAUCAAGAAAAAAGCUGUAGUUCUUUGCCAUCCUUAAUGAAUAAAGGGAGAAGGGAUUCUUUAUUUUCUCUAGGGAUUCUUCUCUACCGUAUAGCUCACAGGUUGUCACUUUCCAAGGCACCUGAUAAUAGAGCCAAGUGUGCAAAGUUUUUCAAAAAAUGUUUGGACUUCCUUAGUGAGCAGGAUCAUCCAGUUGUUCGUGCAUAUGCUCAUGAACAGUUUGCUAGACUCAUUCUGAAAUGUUAUGAGGAACUGGAGUUACCAUCAGAAUCUUUUCUUCUAGAAUCUGAAGUUACAGUUACUGACCUGGACGAUGAAUCCUCAGAAUUCUGUCUGGAAAUGUUUGGAUCAGGGAUCCGAGAAAAGGAAAAUUGUUCAUCUCAUGCUGCAGAAGAUGCUACCUCAAUCAAAGCUGGGACUAGUCUAGAUAGUUUGGAGUCAGAGGAAUCAGGGACGUCAAAGUUGGGAACAGAAUCAUGUCUAGGUCAAAACAUUUCUCAAUCUGCAACAGACGGAACCGGAGAACUUGCAGAAAGCAUGGCUGGUUCUAGAACAGAUGAUAAGCUUGAUAUGUGUCAGAUUGCAACUUCCCCUCAUUUAGUUAGCACAGUUUCUGAUCCAAUCUCCUCUAAGUUGGCUGCAAUACACCAUGUCUCACAAGCUAUCAAGUCACUCAGACGGAAGCGCCAGCUGCAGAAUGCUCAGGAGGGUUUUAUUGAUCAUGGAAACAAAAUUCAUGAAAGAUUUUCCUCUGUCAACUUCUCUUUAUGUGCAUGUGGUGAUUCUGACUGUGUUGAAGUUUGCGAUAUCCGGGAAUGGCUUCCAAAAUCAAAGAUGGAUAAUAAGAUGUGGAAACUUGUUCUUUUGCUGGGAGAGUCAUAUUUGGCUCUCGGCGAAGCUUAUAAGGAGGAUGGACAAUUGCAUCGAGCUCUCAAGGUUGUAGAAUUAGCAUGUUUGGUUUAUGGGUCAAUGCCUCAACAUCUUGAAGAUGCUCAGUUUAUUUCAUCUAUGGCCAGUAGCUCAUUAUGUCAGGUGAAGUUUAGAGAUGGUAAAGAGAAGACAAAUUUGGUUAUAGAUGGUGCAAAAGAUUUGGAUCCAGAGUUCUUAGAAGAUGGAUAUGCUGCUGAUCAGUUGUCUCCUAUUUACCUGUUCUGGUCGAAGGCAUGGACACUUGUUGGAGAUGUAUUUGUGGAGUAUCAUAGAACAAGGGGUAAAGAAAUCCCAGUACAAGCAGCAAGAAAAACAUCAGGAAAUGAACUGCGAAUGUCAAAUGAAGUUGUAAAGGAGGUAAAACGUCUUAAGAAAAAGUUGGGACAGUACAAGAAAAACUGCAGCAGUUGUUCUUUGAUUAACUGUAGUUGUCAGACUGAUAGAGCAAACAGUGGUAAUAGUGCAAGCAGUAGCAGUGGAGGUUCUCCCUCAUCUUAUGGCAGAAAACAGAGCAGAAAAUCAAUGAUAAGAAAUUCUACAACUUCACCCUUUGCUCAAAUUCAAGAUGGUAAUACUUCAUACCAAACAGAAAGUGCACAUUUUUCUGAAGGUGAGCCGUUGCAGAAUAAUAAUGACAGUGAUAUGUUUGUUAACCCAGAAAAUGCAUGUAAGCUCAAAGAAAGCUAUAAAUCUGCUGAUGUUCCAGUUAGUGAUAAUGUCAUGGAAGUUUGCACCGCAGGUUCUGGAGCAGUUGGUUUUGAACCAAGUUCAGAAGAUGCAUCUGAGGUGAGAAAUGGAGGUAUUUUUAAGUUUCUUGAAGGUCCUAAAUAUGGAGAUGUUGAGUACAAUCUGACUGCUGCUAUAGGUUGUUAUGAUGCAGCAAGGAAUGCAAUGAAUGGAUUUCCUAUUGGUUUAGGAGAACUUCAUUCUGUUUUGAAGAAAAAGGGAUGGGUUUGCAAUGAACUAGGCCGACAUAGACUUGAGAACAGAAACUUGUUCAGUGCGGAAAAUGCAUUUUCAGAUGCUAUACAAGCAUUUAAAGAAGUUUCAGACCAUACCAAUAUAAUACUGAUUAACUGUAACUUAGGCCAUGGCAGAAGAGCAUUGGCUGAAGAACUGGUAUCAAAGAUGGAUGAGUUUAAGAAGUAUGAUCUCCUUCAAAAUGCAUAUAAGCAAGCCAUGAAGUCUGCUAAGUUUGAAUACUUUGAUUCACUGAAGUACUAUGGGGCUGCAAAAACAGAACUGACUUCUCUUGGUGAUGAGGCUGAUAGCAUGUUGUGUAACGAAGUAUGUACACAAUAUGCUCACACAUAUCUAAGGCUUGGAAUGCUUUUGGCAAGAGAAGGCAUUUCAGCUGAGGGCUACAAUGAUGAGUUUCCUAAUGAUGGUAGAACCAAGGAGCAUAGGAAGCAUGAGUUGUCAGCAAGUGAUGCUUUUAGGGAGGCUUUGUCUACAUAUGAAUCUCUUGGUGAGUCCCGCAAACAGGAGGCUGCUUUUGCUUAUUUCCAACUUGCUUGCUACCACAGAGAUUUGUGUUUGAAGUUCUUGGAUUUGGACCACAAACAUGUCAAGCAUUCUAAAUAUGACAACAGAUACCGUCAAAAAGCCAAAUGGUAUGCUUCUUUAACAGAAAAGAACUGGCAAAAGUCCAUAGAUGUCUAUGGUCCAAAGACACAUCCUGUAAUGUAUAUGAAUAUCCUUCUGGAGCAGUCAGCCCUUUCUUUCAGCCUCUCAAAUUCAUUUCAUUCAAACACGAUGUUGGAAGCUGCACUACUCCACCUGCUGGAAGGUCGGCAUGUUGUGGAAGCAAAUGAAGAUUUUUUACACGAUAAGGAUUUGGAGAUCAAAGCUAAAUUCUGGAAUCAGUUACAGGCACUGCUGAAAAGUAUGCUGGCAGCAUCACUAUCGGGUAGCAAACCUGGAGCCAUUGGUCAGGCGGUACCUUGCAAUAGAGCUACAGAUCCUGGGAAGCUGAAGGAGAUGUACCGAAUGUCAUUGAAAUCAAACAGUUUAGGUCAAUUGCAUGCCUUGCACAAGUUAUGGUUCUCUUAGGUAGUAUUGGGGAACUGGGUGGGCAAUGAUAUUGAAGCCACCCAGUGAUGGGAAUCAUGCAAGCAAAAGGUCUUUUCAGGGUAAACAGCUGACAACAUUGUUGUAGUUGGUCCCACAAGUGCAACAUGAUAUCUUAACAAUGUCUCUUUAGUGCAAUCAAAUGUAGCUGAACCGGCCAAGCCAAGAAGCAAGAGCAGACAACUGUAAUUGGCCAUUCUCUUUUUGACUCUCUACAUAUUAGCAAACUUUUGAGGUCUUUGAGAUUUUGCACAUUUCACCUAGAUGAAUUGUUGUUAGUUCUCAUCAUCAUUGUAAAUAUUUCAUGUGUGAAUUUCAUUUUAUGCUACUUCAUAUUCCUUCAGCAAAAGGGCAAAUGUUGUAAGAUUAGACAAGUUUGAACCUCAUAAAGCUUUUCUAAGAUGUUC